AGUUCAUAACAUUCAACAAUGGAGCUACCAGAGUGCCCAGUUUGCCUACAAAUCUACAGCAAUGAAAAAAUCAAAGAAGAAGAUGAAGAAGAAAGAACAGUAGUACCUCGGGUACUCUCAUGUGGUCACUCAGCAUGCGAAUCCUGUCUUUCCCUAUUACCUCAACGUUACUCAAAUACAAUUCGAUGUCCUGCUUGUACACAACUUGUCCAUUUCCCUCCUCAAGGCCCUUCUUCACUUCCCAAAAACAUUGAUCUUCUCUCUUUCAUUGAUCAACAUAACAAAAACCCUAAUCCUGCUUCUUCUUCAACAACAAAUUCACAGGUUAGGAAACAACAUGACUUCAUACCUGGUUUGUUAUGGUCUGAUGAUGAGGAAUUUUAUUCUAAUUGGAAGGAUUGGAUUCUUCCUAAUGAUCUUUUAUCAAUCAACGAAGAAGAAAAUUGUAAAUUGGGGGAUGUAGAAUUUCUGUCAUUAUCAUUGUACCAAGCUAGGGUUUCAAAUCCUUUGAAAAGGUGGUCUUUUGAUUUCAGAGCCGGUCAAACGGUUAGUCUUCUUCAUGUUGUUUCUUCUGAUUCAUCUGUGAAUGAUAAAAAGAUUGGUGUUUGUAAAUUGGGUAUUAAUCUUAGUUAUAAUGCUAGAGUAAUGGAAGCUUUGAAGAGAUUGAGAGAGGAAGAGAGAGCUGAAUUGAGUUUGAUUUUGAGUGCAUCUUUUAGACAGUUACGAAUUUGUAAGGUUUAUGGGUUGUGGAUGAAUUCAAAUGAUGGUUCUGUUUUCUUGGUUUGUCAGCAUUUUGAUAAUCAUUUAACUAACAAAUUGUUGUGUGGGGGUUUAAGGAAAAAUCGGAUUAGUGAGGAUGAGGAAGACAAAGAUGAGACAAUCUGGAAUGUGGAUAUGAAUGAGGAGACUAUGUCUGGUUUUGCUUUAGUGGGUAUGGAUUUAUGUGAAGCAUUGAUUGGUUUGCAUAAUGAAGGAGUGGUUUGUGGGUGUUUGGCAUUGUCUUGCUUUACUUACGACUGUUUCGGCCACAUUUGUAUUGACCUGAACGAGGUAUUGGUGAUUGGAAGGAGAGUUCAGAAAGGUAUUGCUGAAAUUGUUGCCACUUCUUCUAUCAAUGGACUCAGUAGUGAUAAAUUAUUAAUACAAACACAAGCAAGCUUUAAUAGCAGCAAUCUUGUGGAGUUUAAAAGUGUUCAAGCAUUUGUGAGCCCGGAGGUACAACUUAGAUUGUUCAACAUCAAGGGCACUGUUGCCCCUGACAUUGAUAGCUUAGGAUAUUCAGUUGGUUAUGGCUCUGAUGUUUGGUCCCUUGCUUGUAUAUUGAUUUUGCUUCUUCUUGGAGAUUCAGUCGCUGAAGGUUUGUUCCAAGACUUAUAUCACCAUCUCCUGAAUUCUGAUAAAGAAAACUGUGAUAAACUCCUGGGUGUGUACAAUGAUUUGAUGGAAAGGACGAGCAGUAAGUUGGGAUCUACACUGUCUACAAAAUAUGCAUCUUUGCAUCAAAUUCUUCUUAGAUGUUUGGAUUUUAAUCCAGGGGUUCGCCCUCAGGUUAUAGAUGUGUUGAUGUGCAUCAGAGAAUUGAUUAGCAGACCUCGUGUUGAUAUCUCAGUCAACCUAGUAAAUGUUGUUGAUGUGGAGAAUGAGACUGUUCAUUGCUUAACUCUUGGGUUUCUUUGCGAUUUGCCCAUGGAAGUUGGGAGAGAGUUAGAAAGCCAGGAGAAUGGAUAUGAAGUGUGCGAGGUUGAUCAAGGUGGAGUUGAAUUUGGUCAAGUCAGGGAUGGAACAUGUGAAAGAGAUGCUGUUAAGGGCAUGUGUAUAGGGAAACUCAAAGCUAUCAACUUGCAGGGUCACAUUGAUUGCAUCACCGGGUUCGCUGUUGGAGGUGGUUUUCUCUUCAGCACCUCCUUCGACAAAACAGUCAAUGUAUGGUCUUUGCAGAACUUUACUCAUAUGCAAUCUCUUAAAGGUCAUGAGCAUCGAGUCAUGGCGGUUGUCUUUGUGGAUGCAGAAAAACCACUGUGCAUAAGUGGUGAUAGCGGAGGUGGCAUUUUUGUGUGGCAGGUUUGCAUACCUCUUGCUCAAGAGCCGUUAAAAAAAUGGUUUGAGCUCAAAGACUGGCGUUAUAGUGGUAUUCACGCAUUGGCAGUCUCUGGGACCGAAUAUCUUUAUACAGGAAGUGGAGACAAGUCUAUCAAAGUGUGGUCAUUACAGGAUUACACCCUUACAUGCACUAUGAAUGGUCAUAAUUCUGUUGUGUCUUCCUUAGCGGUGUGUGAUGGAGUUCUAUAUAGUGGAAGCUGGGAUGGGACCAUUCGUCUAUGGGCUAUUAGAGAUCAUAGUCCUUUGGCGGUAUUGGGAGAUAAUACUCCUGGAAGUCUGUCGUCUGUGUUGUCACUUUCAGUAGAGCCCCAUAUGAUUGUGGCUGCUUAUGAAAGUGGUUGUGUCAAGGUGUGGCGGGAUGAUGUUCUUUCAAGCUCUAUACAAACUGACGCUGGCGCUAAUCUCGCCCUGGUCAUGAAUGGGAGAUGGCUCUUCAUGGGAGGUUGGAAUAAGACGGUCAAUGUCCAGGAGCUGUCAGGUGAUGAGCUUCCUAUCAAUGUUAGACCAAUUGGUUCAAUACCUUGUGAUUCUGUUGUUACUGCUCUCACGUACUGGGAGGGGAAGCUUUAUGUUGGGUUUGCUGAUAGCGUUGUAAAGGUUUACUAUUAUAUGAGGCAUGAAGAAUAGUCCCCUGCACCUAAUAAUAUGAAGCUUCAUAAGUUCAUGGGCAAAAGAAUAUGAAUAAUUUGCAUUAUGUCAAAUGUACAAUGAAUGGCCGAAGAGGUGCAUACCAGACUACAAACACAUACUGUGGUGAAUGUAUUAGACUCUUAGUCAUGUAAUGUGUAUACAGUGCACAAGUAUAUACAAUAGGAUUUUGCUUGUUUUGUACAGUAUAUUUUUAGAUGGACAUAGUUAAACCUCGAAUACUGCUCGAUUGUACUUGUACAUAGUUAAUUACUCAUUGCUUCUAACCUUCAACUUCAAAUAAAUAAAGAAUUAUUCGGCGCUAAAAAAUGUAUGUUGGGAGAUGGCUUCCCACAUCUUGAAAACAUCUUUCUUUGUCUACUAGACUUAAUAACGGCAACACCUUUGAGAAUCUGAUGCAAAGAUUUUCGCCUCUUAAGCAAUCCUUGAAAGAAUGUCCCUUCGUUCUGCAAUUGACAUGACAUUUUACCAUUGCUGGAUAUAUGGAAAGGAAUUUCUAUAUGUGGACGAUUUUUUUCGAUUGCUUAUUGCACUGUUUCAGAGUGUCUCCUUCCUUACCAUACACAAAACAGGUUUUCUGAGAUCUAGCGAGAUCAGUUUUCAGCUUUUUGGGUGAUGCAGAGACUGCUUUAUCAAGAGUUUUUGGGUCUUUUUUCUCAUCAGUAAACUGGGUAUUCCGAAGAUUCAUAUUCUUCACAGGGCAAGUAAAGGAACAUGAAGAAGAAUUUUUGACUUGACCACAGUUCAGAUAUCCUUUUUCUUUCUUCAAUUUCUUCGAUCAUUGGUAGUGCUUGAAUAAGAUCUUCUCUUGAGUCGCUGAGUUUCAUCUCAAGAGUUUUUCUAUUUUAAAACUUUCUUCGAGUCUUUUGUUGAGAAUAUCAUUACUUUGUUCAUCAAGAAGAUUAAUUAA